CGGCUCCCUCGCCCGCAGGAUGCGCCGCAGCCCGCAGCCCGUCCGCCGCGGGGCCGUGCCGUGCGCGGUGGGGCAGUGCCCUGCCCCCGGGGCGGAGGUGCCGGACGGCUCCCGGGAGCGCCACUCGCCGCCGCCGCCGCCGGGCACCGCGGCACCCUGAGCUUGCGGCCGCGGCCCUGCGCACGCCUGGCGGGCGGCGCCGUGAUGCCCGGCGGCGGCGGCGGCAGCGGCGGCGGCGGCGGGAGGGCCCCGACGUAGCGUGGCGGCGAGGCAGCCCGGUCCCGCGGGGCGGAGGAUGGCGUGUCGCGGCGGCUGCUGCUCCAGCGCGGGUCGCCUGAACGCGGACAACGCGCGGUUCCUCCUGCUGGCGGUGCUGAUCGUGCUGUACAUGCUGUGCGGCGCCGCCGUCUUCUCGGCCAUCGAGCUGCCCACGGAGCGGGAGGCCAAGGAGCGCUGGGAGGAGCGGCUGGAGAACUUCACCCGGCGCCACAACCUCAGCCGCGCCGAGCUCCGGCACUUCCUUCGGGAGUACGAGGAGGCCAGCGUGGCCGGCAUCCGCGUCGAUGACAUUCGGCCCCGGUGGGAUUUCACCGGCGCUUUCUACUUCGUGGGCACCGUCGUUUCCACUAUCGGGUUUGGCAUGACCACCCCAGCCACCGUUGGAGGCAAAAUUUUUCUGAUAUUUUACGGCCUUAUAGGAUGUGCAGGGACCAUUUUGUUCUUUAACCUGUUCCUGGAGCGCUUGAUCACUGUCAUAGCCUAUGUCAUGAAGUCCUGCCAUGAAAGACAGCUGAGGAGGAAAGGGGUUCUCCCUCACAACAGCCGGCGGGGCUCAGGGACAUCUGAGGUGGACAGCCUGGCAGGCUGGAAGCCCUCCGUGUACUAUGUCAUGCUGAUUUUAUGUGUAGCAUCACUCAUCAUUUCCUGCUGUGCCUCUGCAAUGUACACACCGAUAGAAGGGUGGAGUUACUUUGACUCACUUUACUUCUGCUUCGUGGCCUUCAGCACCAUCGGUUUCGGUGAUCUGGUCAGUAGCCAGAACAUCAACUAUGAGAGCCAAGGUCUUUAUCGCUUUGGCAAUUUUGUCUUCAUACUCAUGGGGGUGUGCUGCAUCUAUUCCUUAUUUAAUGUGAUCUCUAUUGUCAUCAAACAAUCCAUAAACUGGAUAUUAAAGAAGCUGGACUGCAGGUGCUGCCACAGAUGCCAAAGAAAAUUAUUUCGUUCACGGAGGAAUGUGGUAAUGCCGGGAAAUGUGCGCAGCCGGAGAAACAUCUCUAUCGAGACUGAUGUUGUCAAUGAGAGUGACACAGACGGACGCCGGCUGUCAGGCGAGAUGAUCUCCAUGAAAGACUUCCUGGCCUCCAAUAAAGUCUCACUGGCCAUCAUGCAGAAACAGCUGUCGGAAACUGCUAAUGGCUAUCCGAGGCAAAUGAGCUCUAAUUCAAAGCAAAAUGGAUUCUCUGGUGGGGUUGGAGCCCUAGCAAUUAUGAAUAACAGACUGGCAGAGACAAGUGUGGAUAGGUAAAAGAAUUACAGUGAUAGUGAAACAGUGUGAACCAUUUCAACAAGCAUAGAAACAACAUGAAUCAAGUGGAAUUAGCUAGGGAAAGAGUGUCACAAGAGGGUGGGAUGGAUAUGAAUGGCAUACCUCCUGCUGGAAGACCUCUGACACUUUUUUGGGGCUGUCAAUGUCUUUACUCUUUGAAUUGCACAGUCUCAGCCCUCCUUCUUCUCCUUCCUUCUGUUCCUCAAGCAGAUCAUUGCAAAAGAAAUCUAAUUUAGCCUUCAGAUCAAUUUUCCAUGUCCUGUUCUCCCCAAUUUAUGUGAAAUACAGAUUUCAGGAUAAGAAAUCUGUGCUAUGGGAAGAAACCAAGUGUGUCUACUGAACACAUUCUUAAUUCAAAGAUUGUUCUGAGCUUUCUGUCUUAUUCUCGUCAUACCUGUUUUCUGAAAGUAGCUUACCUGAGACCAAAAGAGGAAUCAGCCUUUCUCUGUGAUAUUGUAGAUCUAAUUUAAUGGAAAAUAAUAUGAAAGUUGGUAGGACUAUUCUGGAGCUCUUGUGAUGUGAGUGAGAAGAGGCCUUGGCCUUUAGAAUUUAAUGUAGUCUUCAUUUUCCCUGUCAAAAUUUAUCCUACUUUUGUUUUCUUCUCUGCAUUUGCAAAACAAAUGAUUUUUUUUUCUAGGCUACUUUUUCUUCUAGAACUAAAUCACUGUGGCUUUCUGUUUCAAAAAUAUUAAAUGACAUUGAAAACUGCCACACUGAUGAGUUGUAUGAAUUGUUCCACAAGAAUAAUCAGAAACUUCCAAAUUCCAGUUCAUAUUUUGCUCAAUUGUGACUGAAGCAAUUGAAAAUCAGCAUUAUGAAAUGCAAGUAGUAACUGAGUUUACACAACAAUCUUUAGUACGCAAUUAGAUUGCCAUGCCAACAUUCAAUGUAUUAUUAUAAGUUACUGUGAUCACAAAAUCACUUUGGCAGUGUCCUUUUUACCUUUUAUGUAAUUCUGUCCUUCUUCAGCUGCUUUUCUGGUUUUCAGUGAUGGUAAUGGCAGGGUCUUGAUUAGGGACAUAGAAAAUAUUUAACUCCUCAUUUUUCUCAAUGAAAUGCUCCAAGCGUUCAUUAUGACUAGAAAGGAGAUUUCAAUGAGAAGAAUAAUAACAAGAGCAUGAAAACAGGAAAAGAGCUGAUCUUUAAUGACCAUGAGAUCAUCCGUUCUAUUAGGUAACUGGAGAAAUGAGGGAUUAAAUUAACAAAGUCUGGCAAGAAUUUAAGGAAGACUGGACUGGAUUCCUGAUUCUUCUUUAACCAUGCAAUGCAUUAAAGCUAAACAGUAUAUGAGGGUGUAAAUAAGCAGAACUGGUCAUGAAAGACCUGACCCAGUUCCCCCUGAAAAGAAUACUGCGUGCCUCAGGACCAAGUGUUUUCUCACAGCUAGAAAAUAUUGCAGAAUACUACAGGUUUAGGGAAUUUAAAACACCAUUAUGCAGUUCUUAAUUUCUCUCAUAUGGAACGAUGGAGACAGCCUCUUCAGCUUAAUUGUAUUAGGAACUAAUAUCAUAUCCUUGUUCUUCAUUCUGGCCAAAAAGUUAUUUUAUUUAGGUUCCAAAUGCUUUAGAAUAGCAUUUUAGUACUUAUUUUAAGCAAUAUAUGAAUUUGAAAACAAAAACAUACCUCUUGGAAUCCUUUCAUAUGAUAAAGUAAAACCAGAUAUUACUUAACUAGUGAAAAGAAUUGCAAGCUCUUUUGACAUAUUACAGCUAAAAUGUCCUGAUUAAAAGUCUAAUCCUGCUGUCCGUCCUUACAAGGAGAGCUUCAAGCUGAAGCCAUUAGUCCAGAUUUUGAUAUCAACUCAGCUGUGUAGCAGUGGAAUACCCCUAAGAGCAUCCCUUCACAUUUGCAUCCGUGUAAAAUCUGAAUUGGCUCCCAAACCCCAACUUUGGUGAGAAAAGCAGUCUGACUUGUUUUUUUGAGGAGGGGGGUUAUGUAUUAGCAAAAAUUGCCACUAAGUUAUUUUAGGUGAUAUUAUAGUACCCAAGAUCUAUUCUAUUGUUACACCUUUUUUCUUCUCCCAAGACCUUGUCUCAACCUCACUGAAUAAAAAUACUUGGAUAUAAAAAAAGUACCGCUCUGAAGCCUUCUUUCCAAACUCAUUCAGCAAUACCUUUGUUCACUGCCUGCAAACCUAAGAUACCUUUGUUACAGAAGUAUUCCUCAUGCUGCCAACUAGCAGAAAUUGUUUAGUACUUUACCUGUUGCUUAAGCAGGGCUCUCAUCCCAGGCAGAACAGCCACAGUCUUGAAAAGUGCAACUUCUCCAUUUAUGCCGAUCAUUAACUCUUAAGUUAUAAUCAUCAGAUUCUGCUGACCGCUAAAGGCAGAAGUUACUCAACACUGCUACCUUUUCCAGAUGAUUGAGGCAAUACACAUUUUCAUUUUAGACAAACAAACAAAACAUGCAAGUUUCUUUAUUAUAUAGUUCUGUAUCAUUGUUAAUGAAGGAUUUGGCUUCCAUAUAGGAUUUUCACUCAAAUCCUUCCAUAUGUAAUUAGCUUUCAAAAUUUGGUUCUGGAAGUCUAAACACAGAGCAAAAUUCAUAGCAAAAAGGUGAGAAAGCAAAUAGAAGGAGAGAAAAUCGUAUACAUUGAGGGAAAGAGAUAAACAUCCUGUAUAGUCAAUUCAACAGGGAUUAUUUAACUUAUAGAAUAUGACACAUUCUAGUAGCAAAUCAUUAGGACAGUCUUCAGACGAUUUCAGCUGCUCCCAAGACAUAAGGAAGUUACGUUGCUCCUUUCCAUUCUUUGUGAUACCAAGCCUCAGUUAUUCGUCACCACAGAGGAAUCUUUUAUCACCUAUUUUCAACAGAUCUGAAAACAUCUGUGGUUAUGAAAUCAAGGGACUAAUAUGUAGUCUUGAUCAAAUAGAUUGGGCAAGGCUGUAUGAGACCUUUGGUGUUUGCUAGCUCUGCCUUCAUUGAUCAGUCCUGAUCUCAAGCACUGGCUUCCCCAUGACCCGAGUCUGCCAGUUGUAAAUCUCUCUGCAGUGGUCUGAUUUCAUGUCCACUGAAGAUAAAGAGGGAAUAAGUGCACUAAUUUCAUCUCAUCGUCUCUAUUCAGAUGUGAAUUGCUAUUCCAGAGAUGGACCAGUACAUUCUGUGACUGUGCCAUCUUGUAUUAUGGUGUCAUCCUGUCCCCAGAAGACCUCUGACUUUGUCAUUGAGUUCCCUCUGUAGCAGCCACACUGAAUGCUGAGUGAGGUGGCUUUACCUAGGAGACCAUUAGAAUUCGUAGAGAACAUCUGGAGAUAAAUAAGAAGACAUUUAAGAUUGGAAAGAGACAUUCUGACUCCAGUCCAAUGGUGCUACUACAGUGGGUUUUGUUAAAGGCAUUGGACAGAGAAAUCCCAAAAAGCUCACUUCAUAAUUUAGCAUCAUGUUAGUUACAAUAAAAAUACAGACAACAUCACAUUUCUUGCAUUACUUUUUAAAGUAGUGAUCAGGAAUUAAAGGAAAUGGUGUCAAAUAGCCAGGGAUCUAUUUUCAAAGCUGUGCAAUCUAAAUUUUAAUGCUGUAUUGCUUAGCACUAAAAUCUCACUCAACAAGACAGAAGCCUUUUUUCAAAAGUACUGAGUUUCCCUAUUGCCUGCUAUGAAUUUGCAUGAUGGCUAAUGAGAUAUGGGUAUGGGGUUUUUAUUGAAAAAAUGUUUUAAGGAAAACCCUGGAUGUACUGAUGCUCUGAAUCUGCACUUAACAGGUCAGGAGUACCACUAAAAUCAGUGGGUUAAACUGCAAGUUGCAGCCUGGCAGACUGAAACUGAAAGUCCUUAAUGGAGUAAUCUGGAAGUUGGGCUUAUAGUUAUGCCACACCUUAAUAAUAUUAUUAUUGUACAAAACAAUUAUUGCACAUUGAAAGGAAAUAUUUAGUGCUAACCAAAAUACCAUCAAAUGAGUAAAGGUAGUCCUUAGGGUUUUCUGGCUAGUCAGGUUUUGCAGAUGCUUUGCUGGCUAUGUAGCUGUAAAGAAAGCUACAUUCAUCUCCAUGAAGGACACGGUCCUCUCUUUACAAGGACACGAACAGGCUUUUUGAAGGCAUCUAAUUCCUGCUGAAAUUCAAUUCACCUUGACUUUCAGUAGAAACCAAGUACCUAAUUCCCUUAGGCAAUUUCAGAGUCCCGACUGUGUAUUAGGUUUUGAAUUUAAGCUGACCUGACAGUGUCCCUGAAAAGUUCAAACACUUGCAGCAAGGUUUCAGUGCUGCCGGACAGUAAUAGCUGAAUUCAUUUAUUUAAAAGCCUUUUAUGGUAAACUCUUUGCAUCAACCAAAUAGCACAAGCAAUGUUUACAGUUUGUUUGACUUAAUCUUGGCCUCUGCCAGUUUUAAUUAUAUUUGACACAUUUACAAAUUGAAUAAAAAAGAGAAGGUUGGGCUGGACAUGAAAACCAAACUAGCUUCAUUUCUCAGAUGGAAUUAAUCAAGAGAAAGAGAUCAGGUUGGGGAAAGAGCUUUCUGAUUAACAUUAUAUUUGAAUAAAGUUCCUCAGGAGGUGGAGGGUAUUAAGUGGUUUGGAUGACUCCUCUCCCAACAGCUGUGGAAAUGGAGCCAUUUGAUAUGACCCACUGAUGUCCCCACUCUGGGAACAGCAGCUCAGCAAGCCUUAGCUGAGAGAAGGGUCAGCAUUUCAAUCAAUAAAGUUUGCAUCUUUUGUUGUUUUGAUUUCAGUUGCUAACAUUUGGAUAAUACCAUAAUUUCUUGCGCUCUUUAAGAACUAGCAAAGUUAUUUUGUUCCAAUUUAAUUUACAAGCUGUGGAACCAAGUGUUGUCUUUGCCCUGGGCAGAAAAUACUGCCAAAUAUACGAGUACAAUCUGUCUAUUUGAGAACUUUCACAGCAGUUUUUUGCUUAACCUAGGAAGUAAGAAUACAAUCCCUUCCCUCUUCCCUAUCUUCCAAACAUAUCUUGGCAACAAUGCCCACACAGUACUCUGUGCUUACCGUUUAAAAGGUCACAUUUCACUAGGAAAAUUAAAGCCAUUUCUUAUCAAGGUGGACUAACACAAUCCUAUUCUUUAUUAGAUUUAAGAGAAACACAGUGUGAACACAAAGAAUGACGCUUCAGGUCCAAGUAGUCAGAAGCUUUUUGAUAUGGCCCAUGUUUAUAAAGCUGUUUCAUGUCAGACCAGAGAAAAACUCCAACACUGCAGCUUUUUAAAGUCAUUAGUAAAUGUAAGGACAACCUUUUGGGAUGGAUACAUUAAUGUAUAUUUUGGUUUUCUACAGUUCCACUCUAAUAUUUGCCUUCCGUUUUCAUUAUUUGAAAUUAUUUGUGAUAAUAGAAUAAAGAAUAUAAAUUUGCAAAGAUUUUGAGAGCACAAUUGAGAGACUUGUUUAAAAUUAAAUAUCCUUUUCCUCAGGUCACUUAGCUUUUUAGAAAGGGAAAGUUUAAAUAAAAGUAGAAUCAACGAGCUUCCUUUCCAAGCAAGUGUGCCAGUUUCUGGAUUCCAAAUGGGUUUUCUAUUAGGUGUUCAUGCAGAAGCUCCCAGAGAGAGGAAAGAUGACCUAAUUUUCAAUUAUCUUUUUAAAUAUCUUUCAGAUCUAUUUCCCCUUUCAAAGCAUUAGAACACUGUCAGUGUUUUCUGUUUGUGGUCUUACCUGAGAAAACAUAACCUUGCUUUUUGAUACCUUUAGAAGAAAAAGAUGCACAUGAAUAAAAAUGAAAAUAACCUUACAUAACCUUUACAUGUACUGCUUGAGGCUGCAGAAAUCCUCCUUUUUUUGCUAACUAGGUUUGCAUCCAGCUCAUUGAAGUGGUUUGGUCUUAUUAGUGAAUAGUCACAGUUCAAAUUGCAGAAUCAUAAAAUCAUUUAAUUAGAAAAGACCUUUAAAAUCAUCAAGUCCAACCGUUAGAAUCACAGAAUGGCUGGGGUUGGAAGGGACCUCUGGAGAUCAUCUAGUUCAACCUCCUGCUAAAGCAGGUUCACCCAGAGCUGGUUGCACAGGAUCGCAUCCAGGUGGGUUUGUAAAGUCUCCAGAGAAGGAGGCUCCACAACUGCUCUGGGCAGCCUGUUGCGGUGCUCUGGCACCCUCAGAGUAAAGUUCUUCCUCACACUGAGAUGAAACUUCUUGUGUUGCAGUUUGUGCCCAUUGCCCCUUGUCCUGUCACUGGGCACCACUGAAAAGAGCCUGGCCCCAUCCUCUUGGCACCCACCCUUAAGAUGUUUGUAGACACUGAUAAGAUCCCUCUCAGUGUUCUCUUCUCCAGGCUAAAGAGGCCCAGCUCUCUCAGCCUUUCCUCACAAGGGAGAUGCUCCAGUCCCCAAGUCAUCUUCAUAGCCCUCCACUGGACCCUCCCCAGUACUUUGCCAUCUCUCUGGAACUGGGGAGCCCAGCACUGGACACAGCACUCCAGGUGUGGCCUCACCAGGGCAGAAUAGAGGGGGGAGGAUCACCUCCCUCGACCUGCUGGCCACGCUCCUCCUAAUGCCCCCCAGGAUCCCACUGGCCUUCUUGGCCACCAGGGCACACUGCUGGCUCAUGGACAACUUGCUGUCCACCAGCACUUCCAGGUCCUUCUCUGCAGAGCUGCCUUCCAGCAGGCCAGCCCCCAGCCUGUACUGGUGCGUGGGAUUGUUCCUCCCUUGGUGCAGGACCCUGCACUCGCCUUUCCUGAACUUCAUUGGGUUCCUCUCUGCCCAGCUCUCCAGCCUGCCCAGGUCUCGCUGAAUGGCAGCGCAGCCUGCUGGUGAAUCAGCCACUCUUCCCAGUUUGUGUCAUCAGCAAACUGGCUGAGGGUACCCUCAGUCCCUUCAUCCAGGUCACUGAUGAACAAAUACAAUCAAAGAACCUUAAAGUUGCAUUUGUUCAUCUGUUCUACAUGCUAGAAAUGAGCUGAUGGUCUGAAUAGUGGGUAUUGUGCUAAGUCUGUUAGACUUAAAAAGACUGGAAUCACCAUUGCUGUCAUCUCUGCAAUGGUCAGGGAGAUGCUGUGUGACCAGUAAAGUCCAUACUGCUGCUGCAGCAGCAAUUGCUGGCUAUUAACCUCUGGGCGUCGUAUUGUCUGCAUCUAGUGUACCGGGCCAGAAGUAAACAAGAGAUAAUGCUUUCCAGAACCACCAGUUCAGAAAUUCACAGAAUAAUUUACUCUGGAAGAGGCCUCUGGAUGCCAUCUAGUCUCCAAACCAUUUUCCAAAGCAGGUCCAGCUAGUUCCUGCCCAUGAGUGCAAAUAUCUGUAAUUUGCUGGGUGCUGCUGCUGCUGUGUGUAGCACUCUUGCGGUGUGCUGGGAGUGCCCUUCUCUCAUGAAAUACUGGCCAGCCCCCCAUACCAAGAGAAAAUGCCUUUCCUCUGCAGCUAUUGCAUUUGGGCAAAUACUUAGCUUACACAUUUCUUUGUAAAUAGCAUCUAGGCAGCUGCUUUUCUCAGCCUAAUACAUAGCAGAUGGGUAUUUUGAUCCUUAGAUAUCAUUAUGGUUGGUGGUGUUAUUACAGAUGGCACUAUAUGAAAAGGCCAGUUAGUCUAUCAGCCCCAGGCUUCUAGGCAGGGUAUUACCCUUUGGCAAGAAAGCCAUGGCAUCUUGGCUUAGCUCUGCAUGUUGGAUUUUGCUCCGUUCUUGGCUCAGGAACUGAUUCUUCUCCACUGAAAUCAAUGGAGACUUUGCUACUGGGCUCUUUAUCUGACAUUUUUCACAAGAAUUAAUUUCACUUUACAAAAUAAUCCAAAGAAAUGUUGAUUAGCCUUUAGCUUUGCUUUUACCUCCAGCUGUGCAAAUACUAUUUCUACUCAUGCAAUACUGAGUUCUGCACCAGCUUAUUACCCAGGGACCAUUAUUUGGUCUACAAAAUAAUAAUCUACUUAUAAGGAAGACUUACUUAUAAUUGAAAGUAUCCAGAUUAUUAUAUCUAAGAAUUGUUUAGUAGUCACUCAUUUCCUCAGCUGGAGAACUCUGACAAAUUUCUCAUUUUCCCUGAAACUUCCUUCAGUUCUGCAAGGACAGGUCUCGCUCUGUGCUUACUGCCUGUAUCACCUUGUUCUUUCCCUCAACUUUCUUCCCUCAGUCCACACCUGCAAGAACCUCUUGCCUUCUUCCCCCCCCCCCCCCCCCCCCUUCAUCUUUCUGUCAGUUCAUCAAAUCCUUCUCCCAGCCAAAUAUACGAUGGGGUUUGCCUCUGUUGAACAUUGCACUUGGAAGUGGACUCAUUGUCAAAAAAAGAUUGUCAUAAAACAAACACCUCUUUAUUCAAUGUAGAUUCAGAGCCCUACCUCAUCCAUUAAAUGUAAUCAUAAAGAUGUGUUUUUAUUAUUUUUCAUUCCUGCUUUCACUGAGAGUAGUAAGACAGUUUUUAGGGAGUUGGAAUACAAGUAUCACAUGCAGGUACUUGGGAUGGAGAGGAGCAGAAGUCACUUUGAUGCCAUGGCAGCUGGAAGGGAUAUUCUGCUUCUUUUUGUACAUCCAUUUGGCCUGCAAUUUGCACACACUUAUAUACUAUCGAAUGAUGCCUUCAGUAGAGGCUGAGUUGAUUGGUAGAGUCAUUAUUACUUUCGGCUUACCACAUUUUAAUAAAUGAAUGGGUCUGUGUUGCUCAUUGAGCACAGCAACAAUCAGUAACACUCCAGACUUCCCCACGUAUUAGGGAAGCAAUAGUCUUGACUUUAACUUUCUUCCCUGAGGACUAAUCUUCAUGGCUGCUAUAAAACACAACCAUGGCAUAGAGGCUAAAGACUUUCAUCUCAUCAUCUUCUCAGCCAUGACUUCACUGGCAUUUGAGUGCAAUUUCUUGCACCAGUACCAGAGGCAGUAAUAAGAUGUUCUUAAAGCAUUUUUGCGUGAAACCUCAUGGAAACAAAUUGCAUGUGAUCAGACUGUGCAUAUGUGUCUGUGUGCCUCCGCUCUGUUUUAAACAUGGACCAAUUUAAAAAAAAAAAUGCCAAAGGGGGAGAAGUCUCACACAGAAUUGACAUCCUGGAAGUUUUCAUAAAUGUUAGCACCUCACCUGAGAAAAAGUCUGAGAAGCAGGCUCGCAACCUGUCAGAUACAAGAAAAGCCACACAAAACAGGUCAGGAGGGAAAAACAGUGAGAUGCACAAAGAGAAUGAUGUUCUGAAUAUCCUGUCAGCCGAGAAGGUGUCAAAGAGAGCUUACACCUCCUCAGACAUGCAGCACAGAUCCCAAGGGAGAACAGUGAGUGUUGCGAUACUUUAGCAUCACUAAAAAAAAGAUCUCUUUAAUCUGCCAAGAUUUUAACUUUUUUAUUUAUAGCUCAGUCCCUACCCUGAGCUCUGUUACCUUCCUUGGAUGCCCUGUGCUUAAACCACUGAAACUACAGAAAUGUGUCACCUUAUCUGCAAAAGAUUUGGUCCAUGUUUGACACCAUGCACGGAUCUGUGCAACAGCAAGUAGUAUCCACAGACCACAGUUCAUGACAACAAGAAAUCAGAGAACUUUGUUGUGCUUUUCAUGCAUUUCCAGUGUUAGAGAUUCUACAGUUGUCCCAGGCAACCUAUUGCAAAUUUUUUUAAAAAAAAAAUUUCUAAAUGCUUAAUUUCACUUUCCCUAGCUACAGCCAAAGUGCAUCGGUUGCAUUCUAGCCAUGCUGAAUACGGAGAUUAGAAUAUUCCCUUCCUUUUCCAAAAGAAGUGAUUUUUCACAAUAUCUCCAUUCAGUCUUCACUAUGUCUGACUACAAAAAUCCCCUUCCACGUGUGACAUCUCCUAUAGUUGCUCUACUGUACUCCAGACUAUCUGCUAGAUCCACUUUUUUCCCCUUUGACAUACGGUGCUCAAAAUCAGAUACAGUGACUCAGAAAAUAUUUUAUUAACGGAACAUGGAGCAGCAUGAUUAUUUUCCACAUCUUUCUUACAACAACCUGUUCAUUUAGGUUCUGGGCUGUUGCUUGCUAUUUUAAAGUACUGUUGAUUGAUCUUCAAUUUGUCAUAUGCUAUUAGCAUCAAAUUAUUUUUGGCAAAACUGUUACCUACACUGUAGUGCCUCUAGUCUACAUAGGUGAUUAUUCCUGUGUACCAUCUUACAUUAUUGUUGAAUUGCUUCUAGUUUUUCAGAUCACUUUUCCAUAGCCAUUUGGGUUUGAAUUCUAGUCCUCAGCAUCUUUGACAGCCCUGACUGUCACAGCACUCUCAAAGCUAGCCAGCUGCAAUAAGGUCUUUUACCAUCUCAUACCAGCAUACUCUUUAUGCCAGCCCCUCUGCUGCCUUCUCCUAGUCUCUUCUCAUCCAGGGUACAUGUUCUUUCUCUUCUCUCUGCUUCUUCCUCCUCUCUCUUCCUCAGCUUCUCUCUCUUCAUUGGCUGCCCCACCACUGAACAGAACCAGCCACAGCAGCACCUUAUCUACAUCAGCCAACCCACCACCCCUAAAGCCAGCCCACAGCUUUAUGUUAUCAAUAUUAAUAAACCCAGCUUCAUUCCUCUAUAUAUGACUGUCUGAGAUCAUCUUCAGACUUAAAAAUUGUGUUCUCUAUUCCAUCAUCCAAGUUAUUAAUAAAAAUAUUGACCCAGGGAAAGUUUUGCAAAACCCAGCAGAUACCUUCCUCCAGUUUGAAACUAAACUAUCACUCUGCAAAUGCUGCUGUUCAAAUAAUGUUUCCCAAUCAAUUUUGCACUCAUCUCAUGCUAGUUUCAUCAAAUGUAAAUGACAGUAAGCUGCAGUUGCAAUAUUUUUAUUCCAGGUUGUGAAAUAUGAGCCAGAAAUAGCUUUCAGAUCCCUGAAUGAAUUUGCACAAGUGUUUAGUAGGGGAAUGAAUAGUUAAAAUUUAAAAUCAAACAAAAGUAAAUAUUGAUUUGCCAAGCCUCCAGCAUAAACCCCUGCUCUGUCCUUUUACAGUCACAUCUUAGAAAAAAAUUGUGUUCCCAGAGCUACAGAAGUGGGUGAAACUACUUGAAAGACUACCUGGAAGAAUUCAGUCUGAAAAAUACAAAAGUACUUUGGCAAUAACACAGUAGGACUUGGGUUGGGUUUUUCCCUCCAUGUCAUGUAUUUCUGUUUUACUGAUUAAAAUCCAUUUAAAAAAUCAAACAUCACCACGGAAUAUUAUUCUAUAAAUAUGAGUUCAAUUUUAAUUUAAGUUUGUACAUCAAAUCCUAUUUUAGGUGAUAUUAUGCUAGAAAUAUUCAUCCUGAGUGGCUAAAAGUGAAAGGUUUUUCAAGAACAAUUUUCCCUUGAUGUGUGAGGCUGUUGAUUAUCUUUUUGAAACAGCAGGAGGAGAGCAGGAAUAGAGCUGUGUGACCAGCAUAUCACAGAAACUUUCUUGCUUCAAUCCCCAAAACAAACCUUGUGGAUUGAUAAUGAAUAGGCUGAAUGUGAGGGAGUUAAUUAUUUGUUUGCCUAAGGCAUCUUGGCUUAUGGUCCACUGGCAAAUGCUUGUCUGACAGCAAAAAAAACCAAAAAAGGUGUAAAAUGUACUUUGUGUUCCCAUCAGAUACUCAUUGUAAGGAAAUCUUCCUUGCAGGGAAGCUGGUCUGAGCUAAGGUUUGCUGGAGAGAAGUCAUGCUGCUCCCUUUCUGAACUCUGGAGAGUUAUAUAUUAAAUAUACAAAAUCCGCUUUGUGGGAAGUAGGUCAAUACAGUAAAGACAUCACUCUCUUGAUUUUGAUAAACUUUGAAUGGGCUCAUGAGAGGAGUUGUAUCACAACUGUUUGGCAACAUGAGAGGAGUUGUAUCACAAUUGUUUGGCAACAGUCAUAACUGCAAUUUCCAGCACAGAACAGCACAGGGCCUCUGGGAGCAAAUAUAAGUUAAUAGUAUUAGUAAACAACAGAGACAGUGUAGAACAGCACCACAGAGAAGAAAGUGAGGAGAACUCACUAAAAGUGACAUUGGAUGUUGAUGAGGACUAGAUGUAAGCUGGGACUUUUAAACGGGAAGCACUGGUCUCCUUUCAGGUGGACGGUAGUGUGGGAGAUUUUUAGGGCUGCUUUUUCCAGAAGUUGUCCUUAAGUGUGUAAGCAAAUGAGCCUGCUGCAUGCAGUAUCCUGAUAAUUCUGGUGCUGUAGUAAGCUGCAGCAGGAGGAUACGUGAUAAUCAAAGCAUGUCUGAGUUGUUAUUACAGGAACAGAGUAUUCUUCCGAAGGACUGAAGUAUCUUCAUAGACUGGGUUCCUCCCAAAUAAAAUCUCCAAAAGAUCUAAAUUAUUUAGGUGCCUGAACCUGAAAUUAGAGUUAUUUUCAGUCACGUUCUAAGGGCGACUUUAAAACAGUGUCUAUGUUUCCAACACCAGCCUGCUGCACAGUGUGGUCAUGUCACCCCAAACACCUUUGACAUGAACACAGCCACCACCUGCUUCCCACUCACUGUGCUGGGGACCCUCUGCGACUUGCAGGGGUGAAGGUACACACAGCCCCAUACCACAAAGGCUGCUGUGAUUGCAGUAGCAAGGGAUUUCCCCACUCUUGCUGUUUGUUUUCACAGUUAUCCAGCGGUGAUUUUCCCAGGGAGCGGGCUUGCCAGCCAGGUAACCUCCCAGGUACCACGUUCCAGGGCACCCACCUGCAGCCCUGCGUCCAUGCACUGCUGUGGCAGAAAAUGCUGCACCUCAGCUGGCUGCCCGGCCUCCGAUGGAGGUUUCGCUGCCCAGCCAGCAGGUCAAGUGCCCUGACCCCCUGCACAUUGCUGGGGCAGGUGCUCACAGGGAUGGGCAGUUUUGGAAGAGCUUAAGGAUGAAAUUGUAAGAUUCUGCUCAGGUGUUCCUUUACUUUAAAAGCCUCUCCACUAAUAUAGCUAUUAAAGAUCACCAUAAACAAGUUUUUUAAGUGAGCAGCAGAACUAAUAAUGCCUGUGUCAUACAAAUUUAUGUCACCCAUACUUGUUCCCUGUAAAGACUGUAACAUCCUCGUAUUCCCUAUAUCAUUAGCAAACAAAUCCAGCCCCUUUCCUUCUAUUCCCAAUGACACCCUAAUCCAAUACUCCACUGGAUAUCAAAUAUUCAGAUAGUCUCAGCUCCCUCCUGUAGCCAUAGCAAGCCCACCAUGUUAUCCUGUUUUCCACAUGUUUAAUACCCGUCUCCUGUGUUGCCCCCUGCUCCCUGGCCAGCUCAUCCUAAGCUGGCAGUGCCUGGGCAGGCUGCUAACAGGCCAGGUAGCAGCUUGCCCUGCCCUUCCCUCAGGCACACUUCUCUUCUAGGCAUUACCUUCACAAAAUUUGUAGAAAUUUAAUAUAUUUCAUAUUUCUACCCCUGUAUCAAAUGUGGUCAAAAAUAACCAAGAGGUUCAAAUGCUUUCAAAGAGUCCCAACAGUUGCGUUACCAGCUCAUUACCAUCAAAAACUGUGAGCAGGAGGCUGUAGCCAUGACACAGCUCUAAUACUAAAUAGGUAUUGUGAUGGGGGAAAGGAAUCUGCAUCUGACUUAGUCCAACUGCCAGCACAAAUGCUCUAAUAACUAAUUAGAACUAGGGUAUUCCAGGAACAAUAUCAGAAUAUUUCAGGGACAGUGGAAAACCUGAAGAAUAAUACUUCACAUUCAUAGAGCUAGAAAUAACUCUGAGGCACUCCAGCAACAUUGUGUUAUUACCAGAUGUAAUACCACAAAGUACUUGAGUAUAUUCUAUUUUAAAGAGAAAACAUUAAAGUGCACGAGAUGGGUUCUAAGCAAUAUUUAUAGAAGCAAGUAAAAAAGCUACUGCCUGUAUCUCCAAAGGCAGCUCAAUGAUGACAUCUGCUCAAGGUACAAAGCAAGUGAAAAAGAAGUAGCAUGUUAAACCGUAUUAAGAUGUGUUAUUGUACUAUAUAGAUUAGAUGUCCUCAUCCUGGUUUUAUUGUAAUAGCUUGACAACAAGAUGAUUAGUAAAAGUAAAAAAUAAAAAAAA